UGCGCAUGAAAACAAAGCACAGAGUCCGUGCCACAAGGGUCCCCCGUUCACGUCCGUGCAUUCGCUGAGGCUGCGGGAAGCGUGGAGAGGAAACAACUCCUCCCCCCCACUCCACCUCGUUCCUCUUCCCCUGGGCCACGCCGCACCACGCGGUCACCACCGCAGUGUCCGCGAAAUGUUGGCGCGCGCUAAACGAAGUCGACGACGUAGCGGCGUUGUUGUUUUUGUAUGUUACUGCGAUUGGUAGUUCAUCGGCGUCACCGAUUUAGCUCGGUUGGCUACGUACGGCGCGAAAGAAGUUCGACAUACAUGCAAUCGUGAUGCUCGUAUGUUAACGCAUGAUGACGCGGUUAUCUGGAUUCACCGCCCGAAUGUGAAAUUGUCGCUGUCGCUCUGCGUCUCAAUCAGCCACACGAAGGAAGAAGAAGGAGAAGCUCAACAACAACAACAUCAUCAUCGGUCGCGUUCAAUUUCCCAUACUCGACGGAGACUUUCGCCAGCCAUAAGCCAUCGCUCAUGGUCCCUCGUGAGACGUAGCGACUAUUAAACCUCUGCAUUACCACCGGCCCAACCAGUUGAAUUCCUCGCUCCAUCUUCGCGGAUGCGUCCGCUCCCUUGGCUCGCCACUCCGACCGGCGCCACAGUCUCAAUCGCCAACACGUCGCGCCCGGCAAAGGAGAGCACCAGAUGACACGGCGGCACCCACGAUGAACACCGAGGCAUUGCUCCUCGUCGUCAUCCACAGCGUGAUCACGGCAUUCGGCGUGGUGGUGAACGCGCUGAUCCUGGGGGUGAUCGCCAACACGGCGUGCGCCUACGAGUGCCUGCCGCCCUCCGACGCCAUCCUCGUCAACCUGGCGUUCGUCAACCUCCUCAUCAGCUUGGUGCGCAACGGACCGCUCCUCUUCUGGGACGCGGGCGUGCGCAUGUCCCUGAGCGACGUCGGCUGCAAGCUGUGCAUGGGCGUCUGGGUGGUGACGCGCUCCGUGAGCGUGUGGACCACGCUGACGCUGAGCAUGUUCCACUACCUGAUGGUGAGCAGGCGUCACACGAGCGUCAAGGGCAAGACGUCCGCCCUGCGCAACGCGGCGCUCACGCUGCUCUGCGUGUGGGCCGCCAACGUGCUCUUCAGCCUGCCCGCGGUGGUCUUCUCCGGCAACAGCGCGGGCAACUUCACCGAGCGGCUCAUGCUGGUGAGCGGGACCGUUCGCCCGCUGCUCGGCUGCGUGCUCCACUUCGCGAGCGCCCGCGAGGGCCUCGCCUACACCACCGCGUCGAUGAUCAUCAACGAGAUCGUGCCCAUCGUGCUCAUGGUGACGGUGAAUAUCAAGACGCUGCUCAUCCUCCACCGGCACCGGCGGCAACUGCACGUGGCCAGCCUCAUGCCGUCGCGCGUCUCCACCGAGGUGAAGGCGGCCAAGGUGAUCAUGGUGGUCGUGACCAUAUUCGUGAUCUGCUGGGGCAUCCACGUGUUCGCGAUCAACUACUACAACUACCGGCAGGACGACGACCUGGAGUGGCUCAUCUCGCUCGCCAGGUUCUCCACCGCCAUCAACAUCAGCAUGGGCCCGUUGAUUCUCGUGGUGGGGCACGGCAAGCUGCGCUCGCGAAUCAAGCAAUUUUUGCUAUCGAUCUGUAAGUGAUUGUGAAACGGGGCACGGCUGGGCGCGUGUCGCUGCAAUGUCUUCACGCCACUGCUGGGUGGAAAGGCCUCGGCUAGGGGAAGCUCUCGAGAGCCCCCCUAGAGAAUAUUUAGGUCUACUCUUCCACACGGACAAGACGUCUCGGAAGAGGGUAAUGUUGUAGAAAUAAUGGGGGGGGGGAGGGGAGGGAGGGCCUUCAUCCAGCAGUGGAAUGACAAAGUACUAAAUCAUAUCUUAUAUGAAAAAUUGAUCGCAUAUUUACGUAUCCAAGAAAACUCACUCAAUCUUUAUACUUUUUUUCAGGAUGGUCUUGCUACAUAGGGAUGCUUUGGCUAUUCUAUUCAUGAGUGACUGGCUUGUGGGAAGAAAAAAAUACUGAAAACCCGGAGAAACCCCACACAUUUGAAAGGCUAACACCCAGAGCUCCCCAGAGAUAGUUUCAAAAAUCCAUUGCUGCCGUACUAUCCCAUAGCUACUUCACAACCCGAUAAUAUAAAUAAAAAUUCAGCACAUUCGUCAAUAAUACUGUGGCUUCAAAUGUACAAUAUAUAUAAUAAACGACGUUUUGGGCAAUGGCCCUUCCUCAUUACACACCUUCAGAUAUGAUAAAGUCCGGUGCAUUAUGGGUGAUUUGGCGUAGGCAUUAUAUAUAAAAACAAUACAAAUAAUUCAUUCUGAAUAAAUAUAGAAUUGUUUUUUUUCUUGGGGAGUGCCAUCCCUUGAGAAUAAAAACUUCAUAUUUUUGUUUGGCUCACGGACAGAGGAAAGCAAAUGUAAUUUUGUAUUAUUAAUCUCACAUUGUCAUGAACGGAAGCGGUAAUAAUUGAACUCGUUUCACGGCGUCAGUGCAACGUCGCAAAUAGCAAAUGCGCAGCCGCACACUGGAAAACAUUCUGAAAAUCGUUGCGUGAAAGCGUCGAGCUGUUUGCACAGUGGUCAAACCCAGCGAUGUUUGCGUAAUUCCUUUGUUCACAUUGUGAAGGACACGGCGGGGUGUUCUAUGCGGUAUCGCUGUUUAAUAAUACAACACAAAACAGUGCGACAGACUGGGCAGAUGGGGUUUUCCACGCAGAGUAUACACUCCUGCCUGAUUUCAUUCACACUAUACGCAACUGCUGCAUACGCAAUGCAGCGAGUAUCCGAAUACAUGAAUUAAUGUGCAGUAAAAUAUUUUGUGAACAUUAAAUAAAAUGAAAACGUUCAGACGUUACACUUUGUUUUGUUGAAUAAAGUUUAAUGUUUGGUUACAUAACCACGCAGUUUGUUAUAUAUGUCUCUCUUUAUUAUAUAAUGGUUUGCGCGCGGGACUUGCAAUCCGGAGAUCAACGGGUUCGUUCUCCAGGUGCGGCAGCUGAAACGACGGUGCAAGUUUCUCAAAUCUUCCCCCCAUCAUCCCCCGGUGACUGUCCACCACAGCAGUGAAAACGGCAAAAG